CAGGCAACGGCUAGAGGAUGCGGGUGAUUGGCAGCUCCGCCCAUGCUUUAUGGGAAUCUCAUGGCCUGUACCUGUGGCGGUUGAGUCAGAACGCCGGUACCCUUUGACAGCUCCGAUCCUCCAUCCUUGCGCCUGGGACCGCUUUGUGUGAGCCGAACAGGAUCACCAUGUGUAUACAUUGUGUGGUGCAAAAGGUCAACCUUCUGCACUAUGCAGAAGCUUGAAUAGAUAUACCACAACACAUUGACCUUGGCCGCAGUGACGGCUGGCCAUCGUCACCAGUCCUCGCCUCGCCACUGUACCUUUAGCAUUGUCAUUUAUCAUCCUAUUCUCUUCCAAAGCAGAACAGAAAGUGGUGGUAUUGCUUUUCUGCAUCAGGGCAUCCUACUCUCCAAAUCCGUGCACUGCACACCAUGGGCACAGAGGCCUUCAGGAUUUCAUGGUAUCUUUCUACAGCAAUCACAAUACCAUUUGUCGCCAUGCGCGUGUGGUUUCGAUGGCACAGGAUCGGCAAACUGUCCAUCGAUGACUACUUUGUGCUCCUCGCGCUGGCGUGCUUCUGUGCAGGCCUUGUCCCCCCGCAGAUCAUGUGGGACAAUGGCUUGGGUGGUGACUUGUCCAAGUUGACAGCAGCUCAAUUGGAGGCCAUCAUGAAAGCAAUCGUCCCUGGAACAACCAUAUACGUCACCACUCUCUGGUGCAUCAAGUUUGCUCUUGUUUUCUUCUACAGAGCCCUUGCCGCCCCAGGAUCACAUAUGGUCAUUGUCUAUAACGCUGCGCUGGUUGGCCUGGCCAUCACCUACAUCAUCCUAUUCUUCCACAUCAUGUUCCAUUGUUACCCGCAGAGCAGGCGAUGGAACCUCGAUCCGAACAAGAGAUGUGACCAGCAAGCCGAGGACGUAAACUUCUGGCUUCUCAGUCUCUUCAACAUUAUCUCUGACCUCGUCAUCAUUUGCCUUCCCAUCACCAUGGUAUCGCGGCUCCAAAUGUCACUCAGGGAUAAGCUUGCUGUUAUCGCCAUGUUUGCCCUGGGUUUCAUUGUAGUAAUUGCUAGCUGCAUACGAGCAUACUUUGCCAAACGCGAACACCCUCUGCUUACUGCUACCGUAUCCGGAAUCGAAGCCUCCGUCGCCCUCAUUACCGUCUGUCUCCCAGCCGUGCGGUCGCUGCUGCUCGGCAGAGGCGCGAAAAGCUCCAAUUCCGCUAGCUAUGACCGGCAAUACGAAUUAUCCCAGCCUCGAGCUCAGGGCGACGGCACGACCAACAACGCCUCGAAUAUGCGUAACGCCAACCAUACCGCGUCGUCGAGCGCCGUCAAACUGCAGUCUCGUCACCAUGCCACCGGAUCCGAAGACUCGCUCGUCUCCGACGAAAGCCUCCAAAGCGCAGAAGUAGUGGUUCCCGGUAGAGCCAUUACAGUGAACACACAGAUUGUGACUUUAUCCGAGGACUGCAAAAGUGAUACCCAGAGUACAAAAGUCACGAGUCCUUUUGUUUGAGCAGCUGUACCCACGCAUAUCAGUAUGUGUUUUAAUAAACGAUUGUCAUGAAUAUUACUUGUAGUAUGACGUGGUUCACAAGCGAGUCGCUCACCCAAGCGAGU